AAUAUAUCUAAAUUUUCUUAAUGCAACCCAUAAAUAAGUUGCUUAUCACAAUAGCUAAGAUAUUGGAGGAGAUUUUAAAGGAAACAGAUCAGUUGGGUUUGUAGUAAGUAUCAGCAUUCCAUACAUCAAGAGUACCAUCUAUUUCAAUUCAAAGCUACAUUUAAAGGAUUGCAAAAUAUACUCAUUGCAAUAGUGUUUGUUUUGUGUUUGCAUUAAUAUAUUUAGAUAAAGUUUAGGAGAUGCACUAAAAUUUAAUCUUGAAUUCACAUUGUAUUCAUAGGUAUGAACUUGUAAUAUUGUGUUGAUUUAUGAUAGUAUCUAUAAUGGUGGCUAUAAAGUAUUAUGAUGAUGAGUACUUUAAGAAUGAAUAUUAUGCAAAGGUAGGAGGAUUAUCAUUAAAAGAGAUAAAUCAACUAGAGAUGGAAUUUCUGGAUUUGUUGAAUUACGAAUUAUUUAUUUAAAAGGAAGUAUUUGAAGUUUAUGAAGAGAGAUUAAAAUAAUAUGAAGUCAUAGAAAUAUGAUAAAAUUGAGAAUCAAUGAUGAUAAUACUGUUUAUGAUUAGUUUUCAAUAAAACACA